CGAGAUUAAAUAUGACUUAUGUGCGCCGGCCUCAGCGCCUCAGUUUUCUUCUGGGUAUCCGCCUCCUCGUCUGUACGCAAUAUUCAUUGCUUUAUGUCUUUAGACUGUUCAUCCGCGAUGUUCAGUUUUUCUUAGUUGUCUGGUAUGAAAUUGUUUAUUUUCUUUCUCUUUACACGCGUCCGCUGUACGCUUCGGCCUCCGUGCCUUCUUUCUUUUAUGCGCGCCCGCUGAGCGCUUCGGCCUCCGUGCCUUCUCUUCUGCGUCCGCGGUACGCUUUGGCUUCUCAGCCACCACCUCUCGCGUCCACCUCUCGCGUCCGCUGCACGCUGUUGCUCUACAAUCUUUUAUCUCUCUUGCGUCCGCGCACGCUGGA